AUGCCAGCUGCAGAGGGUCAUGUUCAUAAGCGUCAACGGCGCGUUGCCACUCCUGCAUUUUCCAUUCAGAAUAUGCGAGCACUUGUGCCUCUUGUCUUUAGCAAAGGAGAGGAGCUCAAAGAUAAAUGGAUAGAUACGAUUCAGGAAGUGAAGGAAGACCAGGCAGCCUCGGACAAGCAGAACUCCGGCCGUUUUGGAAUAGACGUCUGUCACUGGAUCAGCCGAGCGACCUUCGACGUAAUUGGGUUAGCAGGCUUUGACCACGACUUCAACGCUAUACAGAACGAGUCGGACGAGCUCUUUGCUGCGUAUUGUCCGAGGUUGCUGUCUCGCAGGGAGAUGGGCCCGAUAAGAGGGCCAAGACCGUCCACAGAUGCCAAGAAACUAUUCGCCAGCGUAGCAGGAAAGCUAGAGCAGCAGGAGAAAUCCAGGAUUUUGGAUGGAGAGAAGAGCGUGAAAUCCAAUAUUGCGACAGACCUCCCACCAGAUCAGCGAAUUUCCAACGAAGAUAUAUUGCACAACAUCAAUACCUUCAUGUUCGCAGGGUCUGAUACGACAUCUCUCGCUCUGACGUGGACGUUUCUGCUCCUUGCAAGACAUCCAGGCUUGCAGACUCGUCUUCGUACGGAACCUCUCUCUAUCGUACCGACUACCCCGAUAUCGCGACUGUCACCUGAAGAAAUCGAGUCUUUACACAACACCUUGCAGAACUUGCCAUAUCUGAACAACAUUUGUCGGGAGUCCUUGCGUCUGAUCCCUCCAGUCCAUUCUUCCCUCCGGGUUGCAACACAAGUUGACGAGAUACCUGUACCAUAUUAUGUCCAGAUCGACAAGGAGUUCGUACGAGCCGUGUUCAGCCAGCUUAGAUGCGGUAGCGAGGACUAUGAGUGGGAUAUUUACGCUUUAGCAUUUGAGGCAGCCCUCAAUACCAAAAGUGCUCUGAAGCUCUCGCGGACUUUUUUGUCGACAGCUCGAGAUUCCCUACCGCACUGGGCAGCCCACGCACGUCUCGAGCGCUUGCGCGAGCACGUCGAUGAUGCCCGUAAGGUCUAUCAAACGGUGCCCGUAACCUCUCAGCACACACACACCCAGCCUUUCGUUGGUCAGUUAUGGUGGGAUUGGGCUGAGAUGGAAUGGCUUAGUGGUAACGAAAAUGCGGCACUACGUGUUAUCCAGCGCUCAGUCAAGAUCGAGGGUACGGGUGGUAUGGUAGUUCUUCGUGUAAAACGCAGCCUCGAUGAUACGAUUAGCUGCGCUCACGAGCAGUGGAAGGACCAGGAAGCUUGGAUAAAACUACGAGCCUUUGUCGAGCUGCUUACUUCCUCAUCUCAAGAUGCGGCACUCACGGUCUUAGACUCUCAGCCUGCUGCCAGUGUUAAUGAGAAUCCUGGUCGGAGAGAGAGCAUGAUGGUUGCAUCUCUUAUGCUACUGUACAAUCAUUCAAUUGCCGUCGACACUUACUUGGACAAUAGCCUGGUGUUGGGCAUGUUUCUAGAGCUGAGAAAGGGCACGGUAUCUGGGGUCGCGUACGGGCUCAACUCGGACAAAGCACAGCCAAUGGAGGCCCAAGAGAAAAGAGCAUUUCACGGCGUAUCGCAGAAGUGUGGGUCCCAGGGUGGGAGAAACCAAUCAACCUUUCCUGGAGUACCAGCAGCACUAUUCAACGAGCUUGGAGCACUCACUGGCCUCGAGUCUUUGCAAGUCGUUCAAGUUGGAGGUAGCAGUAUACCAGACGAGAGAGAAGUGGUCAUAGGUCGGAGCCCUAGGAAGGUGCUUGCUUCCAUAGGUCAAGGUAAAACAAUGUCGCGCUUUCCUCCCCUCCACAAAGAUGAAUCAAAUGAUGGAGCAUCUGGGGAAGUGGGCUAUGCAAAGCCCUGA